AUCAAAUAACCGGGCCUUAAAAUUGGGAUUAUUAAUUUCCGGGUUAGGGUUUAAAAGUUCAAUUAAAAUAGAAUAUCAAAAGCUUGCAGAGAAAGACAACACAUUUCAGCGAUCAAAUCUCAAAACAAGGGUCAUGACUUCCUCAUAUCUCCCCGCAACUACUGAAUCGCUGAUUCAGGCUACAGAAGCGAAAGAUGCUCAGGAGUCUAUCUCUAUUCUUUAUCGUAUUCUUGAGGAUCCUUCAUCCACAUCUGAAGCUUUAAGAAUCAAAGAGCAGGCAGUUUCCAGCCUCUCGGAUUUUCUUAGAGAGCAAUCUAGGGCGGAGGAACUCCGUAACCUUUUGACCCAAUUGAGGUCCUUCUUUGCUAAGAUCCCGAAAGCAAAGACUGCCAAGAUUGUGCGUGGAAUUGUUGAUUCAGUUGCUAAGAUACCAGGGACUUCUGAUCUCCAGGUUUCCCUUUGUAAAGAGAUUGUGGAGUGGACCCGUGCUGAGAAGCGUACUUUCCUCCGUCAGCGGAUUGAAGCAAGGCUUGCAGCUCUUUUAAUGGAGAACAAGGAGUAUGCAGAGGCGUUAAGCCUCCUUUCAGGCCUAAUUAAGGAGGUGAGAAGGUUGGAUGACAAGCUUUUACUCGUGGAGAUUGAUUUGUUGGAGAGCAAGCUUCAUUUCUCUCUCAGAAACCUUCCUAAAGCCAAAGCUGCUCUUACAGCAGCAAGAACAGCUGCAAAUGCCAUUUAUGUGCCUCCAGCUCAACAGGGCACUAUUGAUUUGCAGAGCGGGAUUCUUCAUGCAGAAGAGAAGGACUACAAAACUGGUUACAGCUAUUUCUUUGAAGCUUUUGAAGCUUUCAAUGCUCUUGAAGAUCCACAAGCAGUUUAUAGUCUCAAGUAUAUGCUGUUGUGCAAAAUUAUGGUGAAUCAGGCUGAUGAUGUAGCAGGAAUAAUAUCAUCACAGAAAGUUGGAUUGCACUAUCAGGGGCCAGAACUUGAUGCAAUGAAAGCUGUUGCCGAUGCUCAUUCAAAGCGCUCCUUAAAACUCUUUGAAUCCGCUCUUCGCGACUUCAAGGCACAAUUAGAGGAAGACCCAAUUGUGCACAGGCACUUAUCUUCCCUCUACGAUACGCUGCUGGAGCAGAACCUCUGCAGGUUGAUCGAGCCAUUCUCAAGAGUCGAGAUCACUCACAUUGCGGAACUUAUUGAAUUACCGGAAGACCAUGUAGAGAAGAAACUGUCGCAGAUGAUCUUGGACAAGAAGUUUGCUGGGACUUUAGAUCAGGGCGCUGGAUGUCUUGUGAUAUUCGAUGAUCCUAAAUCAGAUGCAAUCUACCCCGCAACAUUGGAGACCAUUUCAAAUAUUGGCAAGGUUGUCGACAGCCUCUUUACCAGGUCUGCCAAAAUAAUGGGUUAAUUUUUUACUCCGUUUUUCUUCCUUAAUUUGGUGUAAUGUUUGUACUUCACUUGACACCUUCCUCAGCCAUUCUACAAAAAUUCCAGCUUAGUGAACCUAUGUUUUUUAUAAUUCUAUGCUAUAUUAUUAUGUACUUAGUUGGAGCUUUAUUAAGUUAAGUAAGAACUACAAAGUCUUUAUUCA